AUGUCUUCCUUCAAGAGCUCCGUUGUCCUUUCCGCCCUCGCUGGGGCUGUCUCCGUCAUGGCUCACGGCCACGUCGUCUCCUUCACCGACGGCUCACAGCAGUUCUCCGGCUACGACGUCACCAAGAUGGCCUACAUGAAUCCUGCCCCCGACGUCUACGGUUGGUCCGAAACCGCCACCGACAACGGUUUCGUCGCUCCCUCCGCCUACACCAACCCCGACAUCAUCUGCCACCGCGGCUCCAAGAACGCUGCCUUGACCGCCAAGGUUGCCGCUGGUGACAAGCUCACCGUCUUCUGGGACACCUGGCCCCAAUCCCACGUCGGCCCCAUCAUCGACUACCUCGCCCCCUGCGGCGAUAACUGCGCCACUGUUGACAAGAGCUCCCUCGAGUUCUUCAAGAUCCAGGAGGCCGGCCUCAGCAGUGGCAAGUGGCCUACUGACGAGCUCAUUGCCAACAACAACUCGUGGACUGUCACCGUUCCCACCUCCCUGAAGCCCGGCAAGUACGUCUGGCGUCACGAGAUCAUCGCCCUCCACUCCGCUAGACAGGAGGACGGUGCCCAGAACUACCCCCAGUGCCUCAACAUCGAGGUCACUGGCUCCGGCUCUGAGCAACCCGCCGGUGUCAAGGGCACCGCCCUCUACACCCCCAAGGAUGCCGGUAUUCUCGUCUCUGUCUACAACAACCUGUCCAAGUACCAGAUUCCCGGCCCCGCGCUGCCCGCUGCCUUCGGUGGCUCCGGUUCCGGUUCCGGCUCUGGUUCUGGCUCAUCUCCCGCUCCUACCACCACUGCUGCUCCUCCUGCUGCCACCAGUGCCGCUGCCCAGCAGCCUGCUCCAACUGGUGGCGUCACCAAGCCCAGCUGCGAGGAGAAGCGCCGCCGCCGUCUGGCCCGUCGCCAGCACGCCCGUGACAUUGUCCACCGCGCUUAA